AACUGAGAGUCAAAGGCUGACCGUGAGCAACGUGCGAACCCAAGAACCAGCAAGGGGCCGUCAGGGAGGGAGCCGACUGCCCUGGAUAAGGCAACCGACUUUCAAACCCACCGCACAAGCUCUAGGUUGCAAGAGGCGCGAGAAAAUUGAGCGCUUAGGCGGACGCCGCAACGCGGUCUGCGGCCAAGCAUCGCGAGAUUUGUUGGACGAUGGCAAAGUCCCACCGAGAUCUCGCGAGAGUAAGGCUGAGCGCCUGCUAAAACUUGCGGGGAAGAUGGAGUAUCCCAGUUUGGGCACCAUGGAGGCCGCGGACGGCGGAGGGACCCGGCCUUACAACAGCUCGGCGGAGAGGGAAGGCCGAGAACAGGACGGACCGCGCUUCGACCGCGAGAGGGCGCGCUACCUCUGGGAAGCCGUGUCCGGGGCCCAGCCGGUAGGGCGGGAGGAAGUGGAGCACAUGAUCCAGAAGAACCAAUGUCUUUUCACCAACACCCAGUGUAAGAUUUGCUGCGCCUUGCUCAUUUCUGAGUCCCAGAAGCUGGCACACUACCAGAGCAAAAAACAUGCCAACAAAGUGAAGAGAUACCUAGCAAUCCAUGGAAUGGAGACAUUAAAGGGGGAAACGAAGAAGCUAGACUCAGAUCAGAAGAGCAGCAGAAGCAAAGACAAGAACCAGUGCUGCCCCAUCUGUAACAUGACCUUUUCUUCCCCUGUCGUGGCCCAGUCGCACUACCUGGGGAAGACCCACGCAAAGAACUUAAAGCUGAAGCAGCAAUCCACUAAGGUGGAAGCUCUGUCGAAACGCCUUACAAACCCUUUCCUUGUGGCCUCCACCUUAGCCUUGCACCAGAAUAAAGAGAUGAUAGACCCAGACAAGUUCUGCAGCCUCUGCCAUGCAACUUUCAACGACCCUGUCAUGGCUCAACAACAUUAUGUGGGCAAGAAACACAGGAAACAGGAGACCAAACUCAAACUCAUGGCACACUAUGGGCGACUGGCAGACCCUGCUGUCACUGACUCAUCAGCUGGAAAGGGCUAUCCCUGCAAGACGUGUAAGAUAGUGCUGAACUCCAUAGAACAGUACCAAGCUCAUGUCAGCGGCUUCAAACACAAGAACCAGUCACCAAAAACAAUGGCAUCACCCCUGGGCCAGAUUCCAACACAAAGACAAACCAUUCAGAAAGACUCCACCACCUUUGAAAACUAACGGUGUUUCUGCUAGCACCCCAGAUUGAAGCAGCCAUGAGCCAGCAUCCUGUGACUGUGGUCAACCUUUGGCUUCCUCUUCCUUCACACCUGGAGAUACGUAGGCCUGAGGCAAGAGUGGGCCACAGGAAGCCGCUGAUUGUUCCAGGCAAACCAACCCCUGUUCUGCCCUUUGGAAUGGGUCCUGUUGGUCAGGACAGGGGAAGCAAGGGUCUUGCGAGGACUUUAGGCCUCAAAGGGUGGUAAUUUACAGGAUGGGCUUUACCCUUCUUCAGCCUCCUUGGGCCAAAGGCCAAAGAUCAUGAGGCCCCCAAGCUGCCUUUCCUCUGUGGGUCAGUUUUGAACUAUUCCCCACAGCUAAGGAACUGAGCUCUCCCUGGGCUUCAUGCAUCUCCAGUGAAACCUGGAGCUUUCACACCAGACCUUGGCCUGUGCAGAAAAGGGUAGAUGGAAGUGACUCCAAUGGCAGUUUGGAACUAGUGUGAUACUCCCCAUCCCCUAAAAAGUGCAGGUUUCUCUGAGCCUGGGACUGGAUGCUGGCCCAUUGCACAGGUUUCUGCCACUCUGACACAGUCCUGGUAAAGUGUUGAUGUCCCUUCUGCCCCUUCUCCAUAGGUCCUAAAUGGUGCUAAGCAUCUGCAGCAGCUGGGGACACGUUAGAGCAGAAGAAGACCUCAGUACCAGUAUGGUAAUAGAAAGCUCCAGUGGGGCUUUUCCCCCAACUCCAUCAGAGGUGCUCUGACCCAGGGUCAUGUGGUAAAGUCCCCACAUGGAAGUCUCCUUGAUGGUUCUGUGUCCUUAAAAGCAGACUGCCUCAUGCCAGGAGCACAGAGGAACAGCCCCAUUAGUCCUCUCCUUCUCCCUGUGCAGCAGGCUGCCUGCCCAGGUUGCUAUGGUGCUAGCCUUUUCCUCAUAUCCCCCAGGAGAUUCCUGGGUACCAGGGAGCAGGUUGGGCCUCCCAGGGAAAGAAAUGGAAAACUGUUGUGGUUUUCUACAGUGGGGAAACAGAUAUUCCCCAGGCCUUCAGCUCUGCUGUUUCACUGCUUGGGACUUCAUUAGGAGUGGAUUUUUCCUUGUAGCUUUUAAGAAGAAAUUCCAGGGACUAUCACCAUUAGAGGUCCUUCAUUGGGUCCAAGAAACCCCUACCUACUCUCAUUACCUCCUCCCCCAACUCUCUGUCCCUUUGCCUGUGAAAUGCCUUUAAGUAUUGUGUGUGGGUGUGUAUGUGUGUGCUUAUGCUUUGUCUCUUGGUCACUGAAGCAUCUAAAUAAAGGAUUUCUUUCAUGAGCCGCACUGCAGUGAACAGACCUGGGAUUUGGGGCCAUCUUGCUGUUGGAUCUGGAACAUAUGUCUUGACCCCUCUCGUCACCUUGCUUAGACUCCUAGGGCAGUAAAUACCCAUCUUCAGAGUUGGACAAAGACAUAUAUCCAAAUUGCUGAAAAUCCUGUGGAAAUUUUCCCAGGUGCCCUAAAACAACUUCAUCUGUUCAUGUAUCUCCCUUUGUCAAGUAGGCCUCAUGAAGGUUUUUAGGUCUAAGCUGGGAAUCUGCUUUGUUUGACCCGAUUAUUAUGGCUGCUGUGUGGAGAAGACAGGCAUGCUCCAGGCUAACCCUUUGAGAGCAGAAUCCUCCCCUAAUUCAUGCCUACUUCCCUGAUGUCCAGAAUGUGCCAUGAAGUGUUUCUUGAAUGAAUGAAUGAAUGAGGGUUCAUGAGGAGAGGGAGCUUUUUCCUGCUUAGCUCUUACACAGGAGCUGGUCUGUUUGACUCAUGACUGGUGAUUCUUGGAAGAACCUUUUCCGUGACCUAGAAAUGAGCUGGGAAAGGAGUGAGCGUGAUGACUUAGGAUUCCCUGGUCAAACCUUUCUUUCAGAUAGCCAGAUCUUAGGAUGGUGCCCAGGCAGCCUCAGCUCCCAGUUUUCACUCAACAAACUGUUCUUGGGCACCUGCUCUUGGCCACCUGGGGAAAGACCUACACAGGCCCAGGAUGAAUUCUUGGCUCUCAACUUCCAAAGCCUGGACUAUCUCAGCAGUUUCCCAGAGUCCUUCUCUCCCUCCCAGGAGGCCAGAGUCAAUCCCACCUACCAGGCCAAGGAAGUGAAGGGGUGGAAGUGGGGGAGGGGGCUGCCAUACCAUGACUCCUUAGCCUGCAAAACCUCUUAGUUUAGGAAUCCAGCUUUCCUGUGAUGUAAGAAUACAUGAAUGAAUACUUUGCCCUUGGGGAGCUCACAUGUUAAUAUUGUGGCAGUGAUCAGGGAGUUAUACUCAGUCCUAUGGGAAUGUCCAGGAUAUAGACACUAACUCAGCCAAGGGUAUGAAAAAGCCAGAGAAGUAGGUAAAGUAGCAUUUGAUCAGCAUAACAGCCUUUAAUGUUAGGUGGUGAUACUCCAUUUUAUAGAGCAGGAACAAGGAUCAAAGAGGUAUGGUGAUUUGCCCAAGGUCUUGACGACAAGAAGUAGCAAAAUGGAGAGUAAAAUCCAGUUUUCUAGAUAUUUCUAAUCUAGAACCCUUUCCAAACAAGGACCAGAGUCCUUCCCACAUGACCCUGGCCUGCCAGGGCCAUGAUCACACAAAUCAAGCAGCCAGUCCAAGCAGAGGCAGCAGUAGUACCUACAGAAUAGAUCACACAGGCUCAAUGUUCAUAUCUCCAGCCCCCAUGCUUUUCACUUUUCCCAAGAUUACCAGUAAUAACUAAGAAACCUAAAUCAGAGUGGUUAGCUAAUAAAGGGAAUUUAUUGAUUCACCUCAUGAAAUAUCUGGGUACAGGGAUGGCCUGGUUCAGGUUGUGUCACAGUGUCCAGGGUUUAUUUCAUCUCUACUCUGCUUCCCCCAUGUGGUCUCUUUUUUUUUUUCUUUUUUUUUUAUUUAUUUGUUUGAUGGUUUGUUUAUACAUGCACUGGGUACAGUCAGAAGCAUGGGAGGGUGAGAGAAUUCACCAGAGCCAGAGCAGGGAACAGAGCAGGCAGAAGGACCGAAGCACACUGCUGAGGGGAGCAGCGGGCGGCAGGAGAGGUCUGCUUGCCAUGUGGGACCCUCCUCCGGUGGCCGGGGAGCAGCCGGGGGAUCGAACUGGCACUGCAGAGGCCGCGGGCAGCUUCGCAACCCAGCGCUCAACCACUGCGCCACCGGGGAGGCCCCCCCAUGUGGUCUCUUUCUCAGAUUCUCCAGAAAGUAGCACGAUGGCAACUAGCAGCACCAGGCUUAAAUCCUGCUAGAUUAGAACCUCAAUGGAAAGAACAUCCUUCUAUGCUAGUUACAACAAAAAAUUCUGAUAUUAAUUGAUGAUUAGCUCAUUGGCCCUGAUCCCAUCCUAAACCAACCCCUGUGACUGGGGGAAACCGUUCUCUGAUUUGGGACCUGGGAAAGAAUGUGCUUCACCUAAAACACAUUGAAUGGGAGAGAUGCAUCUCUAAAAGAAAUUGGGCUCCUACCAGACUCAGGGAGAAAAAUGGAUAUGGGUGGGCAAAAAGAACUAUUGUCAGCCAUACCCAUAAAUUGUCUUUAUUCAAUCUUUUCUCGUUUUUCCUAAACUUAGAGAUACAGUGCACAUUUUGUAAUGUGCAUCAAUAUUCAGAGCACAGUUUGAUAAAUCCUCACUUAUUUAUUCAACUGGGCAGUCACCCUCCAGAUCAAAAACACUGUCAACUCUCUAAAAGGUUGCAUUGUUCCCUCUCUUAGUCAGAAUCCCCCGAAAGUAAACACUGUUUUGACCUCUGUCACCACAGAUUUGUUUUGCUAGCUCUUGAAUUUUAUAAAAAUGGAAUCACACAUCUUUUGCUCAAUUUUAUGUCUGUGAGCUUCAUCCAUGUUAGUGUACUAGAAGUUCAUGUUUUUCAAUGUUGUGUAGUAGUUCAUUAGAUGAAUGUACCACAGCCAUUUUACUGUCGACAAAUUGUGAUUGGGUUGUCUCUAGUUUUGUACUGUUAUAAAUAAAGCUAUUGUGAAAAUGUGUUUAUCAUUUUGCAUGCAUGUACAUGCACAUAGUCUGGUGUGUAAUUGCUGCAUUACAGAGUAGGUGUGUGUUUCAUUUGGCUAGAUACUGCCAAAUGGUUUUCCAAAAUAGUUCUACCAACUUAACAUUCCUCCUGCAAUGUAUGCGAGUUCCAGUUGCUCUACUUCCUUGUUAGCACUUGGUAUUGUCAGUCUACCUACUUUUGGCCAUUCCAAUCACACCCAGGAAUUUGAACUCAAGGGUCCUGACUUUACAUCAGGGCCCCUCUUAUGAUGAGCACCCUACGAUCAGGUUUGAAUUUCUUUCGCUAGGAAUUAGUGCCCAGUUUCUGCAAUAUACAACACAGGUAAACCUCAGAGGAGCUCCUGUCCACGGUUCCAGUGGCCAAGGGAGGUCUCACUGAGAGAGAGGCAGUUUAGUGUGGUGGCAAAGAACUCAGGCCCUGGA